ACCAAGGGAAUAAGCACGCGAUGCCCUCCCCAAGAAAUAAAAAAUAAAAUUCAUUUAAUCUCGCUACUUUAACAAUCCAAUGAACGAUUAAUCAACCAGUAUAAUUCAAUUAUCGAUUGUCAAUAUAAAUAGCGGUGGCUUUUUGGGGUGAAGGAUGGAAAGCAUCCCCCAAUCGAGUCCAGCCCAUCGGCCCCAUUUCCAAGUUCUCAUUUACUUUUUCCCACAUUGGGAAAGCAAAAUGAGAAACGCGCAAAAAGAGUGAAAAAAAAAAUGCUGUUACUUGUACAUCUUCAUUCAGAUGUUGUUCGCGAUGAGAUUGAUGUACGCAGGCGCUGAAGGCGUCAGACGCCGACGCCGUCCUGGCACCCCGAAGAGGAAAUUAUUCCCACUGGUAUGAGCGUCAGUGCGCUCGAGGUGGUAUUGCCUCGCGGGCCAUGAAAAUAGAAUGUUCAUUUUUUCACUUUGCCCUUUCUGAAAUCCACCUGAGAGGGCUUUAAUCGCCGAGUGACAUUAGCACGUGACACCCCCGAGGACUCCCUCACCCCCCGAAAAGAGCAGUUCCUCAUGAGCAAUUGCCUGAACAAUUUCAAAUUAACAAAACGUUUCCUCUGAGUUUUUAAUCGCAAACGAUGUUAAUCGCUUCUCUCGAUAAUUAAACGAGCGUUCUUUGAGUGGAAAUAAGUGGCCAAUUGAAUAAUGAAAACCAAAGGGAGAGUAUUCGCAAAACCAUUGAGACACGAGUGGCUCCAGGAGAGGAAAAAGGGUAGACUUUAAUUAAAGUGAUGUAACUGGGAUCUCGGAUAAACAAACGAUAAUGGAUAUUAAUUGACUCUGCUGCACUGCUGGGGCAGUAAUUAUCCGCCCGAUGUUGAGAUUUACAGUUGUUAAAGUAGGUUUGAAGAACAGAGGACGACGAAAACUCGUGCCCACUCACGUGUGAAAUCGUGUGAGCUCGCAUCAGUGGAUGGAGACGAAAGAGGAAUUAAACUCGCGACAACUGGAAUUACAUUUGCAAGAGGCUCGGGAAUGCUGGCGGUGUGAGGAUAGGGUUUUGGUGGGCUCUAGACGAUGAUAAUCGUCAGGGUUAAACCCGGUGAUCGUGGGGGAUCGCGAUGACGACCCCAGAGCGACGGGGUUUACGCAGUAUUGAGGAUUUAUUUGUAAUUGAUCAGCGCUAAUUGGGCUGGAUGUGAAGGAUGCCGGGUAUUGUGGUGUUCCGAAGAAGAUGGAGCGUCGGAAGCGACGAUCUCGUUGUGCCCGGUGCUUUUCUUCUCGUUCUUCAUCUCAUUUGGGUUGUGAUCCUGGGAGUGCUCCUGGGAAUAGUAGAAUGGGAUCGUUCUGUAACCUGUGUCCUCCUGCUCUGGGAAUACAUCCUCGGUUACCUCGGGAUAUUCAUCGCCUCAAUGGCCAUCGAACUGGCCAUUUGCAUCCUCGCAACACGUGGAAGUAUCCUCGACACGAUUCCAAGAGCCCCAAUGCAGCAUCUUUUGUACAUCAAAGUGUUUUUAUUAUUAUUAGAAACGGGAUGGCUCUGCACCGGUGUCACGUGGCUAGUGUAUUAUUACACAAAUUGUCCAGCAGCGCAAGCCAAAGAAGUAAUUCUAGGAUUAGUUAUUUGCAAUUGGUGUAUAUUGGCGUCGGUGAUGGUGACAGUCUGGUGCACUUACGACGCCGCCGGAAGGUCCUGGGUCAAAAUGAAGAAAUACCAGAGGAGUAUGAGGGAGGCUGAGUCCCGAGGCGGUGGGAGAAUGCACUAUAAACGUAGCGGCAGUAGAAAUAGGAACUGGAGGCAGCGGAAAGUUAUUAGGGCGUACCAGGACAGCUGGGAUAAUCGGUGUCGGAUGCUGUUUUGCUGCAUGGGAAAUUCUGACAGGAAUAGAAAUUCUUUUGCAGACAUAGCAAAACUCCUCAGUGAUUUCUUCCGCGAUCUGGACGUCGUCCCAUCAGACGUGGUAGCCGGUCUAGUCCUCCUCCGUAAAUUUCAAAAAAUCGAACGCGAGCUCAUCGUGAAACAGCGAAAAAACGAUACCUAUGAAUUCCUAUCCGGCGUACCCAUAACCCCGAGGACCAAGUUUCUCUCCCUGACUGAGGACGGUGAUUUGGCACAUUUUCAAGACACCAUUCACUACAUGCACUUCGCCCUGGCCGCCUACGGCUGGCCAUUAUUUUUUAUCAAUCACACAACGGGCCUCUGCCAAUUGUGCACCAGAUUGCGAUGUGGCUGUGUACCCUGUAUAAAACACGAGGACGAUGCUAUAAUUGUCGAGGACAAUUGUUGUCAGUGCAACUAUGCUGCACUACGUCGAAUGGUUGAAAUUGGAGAAAUUGACAUUAUUUACGCGACAUUUCACGUUGAUGUUGGCGAAACGCCGUUCUUCGUGGCACUUGACUACACAAAGAAAAAAGUUGUCAUCAGUAUUCGUGGUACACUUAGUAUGAAGGAUGUUCUCACUGACUUGAAUGCCGAGGCUGAAGUACUACCAUUGACACCACCCAGAGAUGACUGGCUGGGGCAUAAGGGGAUGGUGCAAGCAGCUGAAUACAUUAGGAAGAAAAUUUAUGACGAGCAGAUCAUUACUACAGCUUUUGCUAAGGAUCCAGCAAGAGGAACAGAUCAAUUUGGCUUGACUCUAGUGGGCCACUCCCUCGGUGCUGGAACAGCAUCAAUCCUCGCAAUUCUCCUCAGACAGGAGUACCCAGACCUGGUGUGUUUCUCCUAUGCACCACCUGGGGGUCUCCUGAGCAUGCCAGCCCAGGUGUACACCCAGGAGUUCAUAACGUCCGUCGUAGUGGGUAAAGACGUGGUGCCCAGGAUAGGACUCCGACAAAUGGAGAGCCUACGCGCUGACUUGAUAAACGCCAUAAAACGCAGUGUCGAUCCUAAGUGGAAGACAAUAGCCUGCUCGGUUAUGUGCUGUGGGUGUGGAUCUACACCGACGUCUGCCGCGAAUUUGGAAGCCGGUGGGUGCAUUGCGGAGUACCAGAGGGAUAAGGAUCAGGCGAGGGCCCAGACCAUUGUUCCCAGUGAUUCUAGUAUAGCCUUGACACUUCAUACACCACUGUAUCCACCUGGGAGGAUCAUUCAUGUUGUCAGGCAUCAUCAGAACAAGGGGGAGCCGAAAUACGAGUCUAGAUGGAGAAAUCUUCUUCGAAAACGAGAGCCAGUUUAUCAAGCCCUCUGGGCAGGCCCCGGUGAUUUCGACGAAGUUCUCAUCAGUCCUGUAAUGAUACAGGAUCACAUGCCUGACACAAUGCUAAAGGCCCUCAAUAAGGUUGUAACAACCCUGGGGCCAACGAAGCCGCAGCGAGUGGCAUCAGGUCAGACAUCGUCGGCCGAGGCGUCAGAGGUGCGCGAGCCCCUCGAGAUCCAGGAGUUGGAGCUCGAGCAGGAGAUGCGUGCCCUCUUGUCACCACAGAGCCCCGGAAAAACAUGUUCAUUAACAGUGGGUACACCACCCCACAGACUAUGUCUCGAGACGAGCUUCACUUCCCUCCAGAGCCCCACUGAUAUACCCCAGGCUGGACGUGAAUUGAGUGUUGACUCCCACGGGAUACCCUGGGAGUACGUCAGUAUUGCCAGUGAAUUAACUACCCCGAGGCACGACGAGAACAAAUUGUUCAAUCACCCCCUCAACUGGGAGUACACGCAGCGGAUAGCCCCCCUGGCAACCCCCGAGACAAUGUCCGAGGCGAGCAAUCCACCGUCACCACUUCCUGUGACGAGACCCAUCCGAAGAACACCGAAAAUACCCGGGAAUCUGUCGACAGCUGCUGACGAUUUCAAGAGUAAUUUGCACUUUGCCAUGCUGACUGUUAAGAAUUGUAGUUUCAGGGAUGAUAAUCAUGGGGGUAGCAAUAGCAGUAGUGGGAAUAGUGAAGCUAGUUUCGAGACUGCGAGGAGCAAUAGAGGACAACCACUACCGCCUGUACCGCGGAGACGGGAUUCUGUUAUUCUGAGGAGGGAGCACAAUGUGUGUACAGCGGCCUGCUGUCGAGACGAUCAAUCAGAGACCUCCACCCCGUCCUCAUCACACUCCAUCAGGAUAACUCAGACAUCCCAUCGAGUCCAGAUUGAUUUUCCCUACCCCGAGACGGAGAGAUUGGCAUCGAGCCUCGAUUAUUACGAGAAAAAAAGAGGCGCCCAUGACAACAAUGAUGUUUUUCUGAGUGUCAGAAGUUCACCAGAGUGCAAAAGACUAAUGGCCCCAGCAACCGAUCUCGGCGCCGAGUGGAAAAAACGUUUCGACGCCAGUACUGGCAUAUCCGGUGAUGCCUCACUUCCAUUACUUCGUGGUCUAUCACCAACACCUGGUCAUGCUCAACACACAUCGCCUUUUUUCAACGCCAAGAGAAAGAAAUACGUCUAUCCUAUCACCCUUGUUGGCAGGGGCGAGAGCAGUGUCUAAUGUUUUAUUUAAUCACGUGCGAAAAAGAUUUGUUGAAAAAAAUCAACAGAAUUCGAUGUCUAUAAAUUUAUUCUGUGAUGUUCUUUUAUUUGAUUUUUUUAAUGACAAGAGAAGAAAAAUUGAGUGGAAAAAACUAGGAAAAUUAACACCGACGAAUUCUAAAUGAAAUUCAAAUUAAGUUAAACGUAAAAUUCUACGUUUUUUCCAGAAAAGUUUCAAUUGGAUAUUUUCUAUUUAAAAAACUUGCAGCGAAGCUGCAGAAUUCUUCAACAGAACCCAAAUGCAAUAGAAUUUUUUAACAAACUCGCUGUUUUUCCAUGAAAUUUUUUCGCACGUGAUAUUUAAAUAUUUUAACAAAUUGUACAAUAAAUGAAACAGAGAAUGGAGGAUAUAUUUAGCCAUGGGACCACGAUCUUUUGAGAAUGGAGAGAUGAGAAAAUAACAUUGAGGCCUUAGUCGGUUGUAUCGCCUGUCCCUAUGGCCUGACAGAAUCAAUUCCCUGUGGAAUGCAUUUAUUCGUUCAUUUUUUGAAAUAUCCAACUGCUGGCCUAUUGUAUCAUACGAAAUUCUUCUCUUCUCCCCGUCAAUUCCAAUUGAAAUCCCAAUUAUACAGUCUAGAGAGAAAACCUCCAGUUUCAAUCUACGAUACUCUGUAAAUGAAUUUUUUACAUAAUUCUUGCUAUGUAGGAUAAUGAUCGCACUGUAAAUAGGUGGAAGGCUCGAGUAAUGUAGUUGUAAAAUUGUAUCUAAACGAUAGUGAUCUCCUCGUCUGGAGUAGUUGUAGUAGGCAUUUAAUUCAUUUAAGACGAUUUCUUUCGAUUAUUUAUUCGAUUGAGAGAUUUUUUUUACGAUUGUAUUUAUUGAGACGAUAAUCUAGUUUAUCAUGUAACUGAAGUGACACUGAUGAUGAUUAAAAUUGUUGAAAA